UUUCAACUUUUAAGCUUUCAAGGCUCUUUGAGAAAACCCAGUGUUGUAUAUAUAGGAUCAUAACUAUAAAAAAAAAUUUAUAUUCUUUGUAAAAGAUCAUAGAUACAUUGAGAAAAAUUUUAGCUUAUCCAUUGGUGUUUGUUUGUUUGUAAGUGCAUAUAUAGGUGGAGAUUUUGCAUGGAAGUGGUGGUGAGCAGUAAUGUGAUGAGGGAGUACAGGAAAGGGAAUUGGACAGUGCAAGAGACAAUGGUGUUGAUAGAGGCGAAGAGGAUGGAUGAUGAGAGGAGGAUGAGGAGGCAAGCUGGGGAGAGCAGUGGGGGGGAGAGGGGGAAACCAACGGAGCUUAGGUGGAAAUGGGUGGAGGAUUAUUGUUGGAGCAAUGGGUGUUUGAGGAGCCAAAACCAGUGCAAUGAUAAGUGGGAUAAUCUGAUGAGGGAUUUCAAGAAGGUGAGGGAGUAUGAGCGGAGGGUGAGUGGAGAUGAUAACAAAUCGUAUUGGAAACUGGAGAGGAAUGAGAGGAAGGAGAACAACUUGCCCACUAAUAUGCUGCGUGAGAUUUAUGAGGCAUUGGUGGAAGUGGUAGAUAGGAAGGGUCAGAGAGUGGUGGUGGGUAUGGGUGUGGGUGUGGGUAUGGGUGGUGGUUCUGCCUCUGCUUCCACUUCUGGUUUCAUUCCCCAGCAUUUGCCUCCUCCAAUGCAACAAUCCCCCCUUGAAGCUCAAAUUGCUGCACUGCCACUCCCUCCGCCGCCGCCGCCCACGGCGGCGGCGGCGGCGGCGGCACAAACACCACCGCUUCAUUAUCAGCACCAGCCACAUUGCACCACUCAGCCCUUUCCCAGAAUGUGUGAUAGCUCAGAUCCUGAUACAAGUGAGCACUCAGACUCACCAGCAAAGAGGAGAAGAAUGGGAGAGGGAACCAGUGGGACCCAGACUAGUGGAGGAGGAAACAUUAAUUCCCAUCAAGAAGUUGGGCCUGCAAUUUCAAGAAGUGCUGCACUCAUAGCAGAAGCCAUUCAGUCUAGUGAAGAGAGGGAAGAGAGGAGGCACAGGGAGCUGCUGAGCUUGCAUGAGAGAAGGCUUCAGAUUGAGGAAUCAAAGGCUGAGAUUAACAGGCAAGGGAUCAACGGCCUUGUGGAUGCCAUUAACAGACUUGCAAAUUCUAUCCUUACUUUGGCAACUAACAAUAACCAGCCUGGGGCCCCUCCCUCCUGACUUGCAAGUUCAAUCCUUGCUAAUAAUCCUUUUAUCUGAUCAUCCAAAAAAAAAAGAAAAAGAUCCAAUCAGUUCCUAAACAGUGGCCUUGAUCCCUUAUUUCAGUACUAACGAUUUGAACUAGUACUGGAAAAAAAAAACAUAUUUUGGUAUAGAUCCAAUUGCUUGUAAAUAAGCUGAUCAUGAAUUGAUUCUUAGCAGGUAUUAUGUUUUCAAGAUUUUCAGUUUCUCUCUGUCAAGAAUGAUAUUCAAUUCAAACCACCUUCUUCUGGCUUAA